AUAUACAGAUACAAUGGUGGUAUUAAUGGAUGGAGGUCAUGGAGGUGUCCCAUGGGAGUUGCUGUCACCGCCUGGACGUUGGUCACCUUCUGCUGUAGUGUUAGUGAGUAUGUCUACACACUGCCACGCCUCCUACCUCCUCCAGACGACCCUCCUUCAACAGACGCCAUCAGCAGCGCUCCUCUGUCCCAAAUACCACCAUAACAUCAGCAGAUCAUCCCUAACCUACAGCGUGUACAGCUGGCGUCCCUACCACCCAGAGAAGUUGGUGCUGCUGGGAGAGUGGGGGAUCAAGUUCACCGUCUGGGGUAAUCUUUUCCAGGACAGGUUUUCAUCACUGUACGGGGCAACGCUACAUGUUUCCAGUGACCAGGGAGACAUGCCCUAUGUCUUCAGGUACCCUGAUGGUACGUUCGAUGGAGUGGGCAAGAGAAUGACAGACACUAUAGGUGGCUGGCUAGGCUUCAACAUCACCAUGACUCGUCGAGCCAGUGACAAGAGGUGGGGUGAGCUGGUGAACGGGACAUGGGUGGGGAUGUUGGGAGACAUCUGGAGGAAGGAGAAGGAUCUCACCUUUAACUACUUCGCCAUCACUGAAGAACGCUCGAAGUACUUCGACUACUCAGUUCCUUAUUAUAAUGAAGGCUACGGAUUCGGCAUAGCAACCCCGCCGCCACUGCCCCACUGGAGGAACUUGAUCUACCCCUUCAGUACGAGGCUGUGGUUACUUGUUGGUUGCAUGGUGGUGAUACUGUCUCUGGUAUUCUACUUAUUCACACAUACCAACCAUCAUCCUACUUCUCUCCUACAUUCCUUCAUCACAAUCUUGCAGAUCCUGAUGAGCCAGAUGACGCGAGCGCCCCAGGAAUGGUCACUAAGGAUCUUCCUAGCAGGCUGGUGGCUGACUUCCUACAUCCUGGUGCUAUCCUAUACCUGUAACCUUAUCGCUGUCCUUACUGUCCCUGUCUAUCCAACCAAGAUACGUACUAUACAGGAACUGGCACGGAGUCCAUACAGGUGUUGCAUGCUAGACUACGGAGAGUUCGUGCCGGAGGCGCUGGCCACUUCCACCCACCCGACGCUGUCAGUCUUGGGCAGAAAGCUCGACAUGGUACCUUCAGAGGAAAAUGAAUUCGCUGGAGAGGAAGGCUGCAUCAAACUCCUCCUCCAGGGCGCCCACGCACAUCUUGAGAGCUUCUCUUUUCUUCACCUCCUCUAUUAUAUUACGGGACACUAUGAUGACGUCUAUUUUGUGAAAGAGCAGAUCUAUAAAGCCAAUUUAGCUCUCUUCUUCAGGAAGAGGACCCCUUGGAAGUACAAGUUUGAUUGGGCUAUUCAGUCACUAGUAGAAGCCGGCUUAGUACAAAAAUGGUAUGACGACUCCAUGGAUGCCGUAAAGCAAAUGUACAACAAGACUUCUAAGAAGCCCGAGUCACGCGAAAAGUCACUGUCUCUGGCACACCUUCAGGGGCCCUACCUAAUCUUAUUAGUGGGUGUAGCUGUGGCACUCUGGGUCUUCCUAAUGGAGCACUUCCAACUGGGGAGAUUCACACACUGACGAUCAUACACAGUAUCACACACAUACACUGACGUACACACACAGU